AUGGAGGAGGAAAAGAGUGCUGGUGAGCAGCGCGGAGGGUUGCCAGAAAAUGCCGAGGGUGAGCCGGUGGGCACAGAAGUUGAGAUUAAGAUUCCCUCACUGAAGGAAAAUGGAAACGAAGGGGAGAAGUACCCUGACGUUGCUACUACUACUACUGAGCCUGUUUUGGUGGAGCAUGACGUUGGACAACGCAGCAAACAGUUGGAAUUAAAGAAUGAGGACGAAGACCCUGCUUCUACGAAUCAACUUAAUGUUGCUCCUGAUCACUAUGAGUCCUUAGACACCAAGAAUGAUAAGGAGAAUGAACCAGGAAAUUCGUCACAGGUAGAAAAUUGUAGUGAACUUGUUAAAGAAGAGGAAAUAAUAUCAGAAGGAAAUCUUGUAGUAGAUGCAUCCUUGAAGCCAGAAAAGUCGGUCUCACCUAGCCCAGUGCUAAAGGAUGUGUCGAACAAAUCCAUCUUUGAUCCACCUGCAUCCGAGGGAGAUGAUUCCGGGACAGAGGAAGAGCAAGCUGCUUUUAUGAAGGAGCUCGAAAAUUUCUUCAGGGAGAGGAGCUUGGAGUUCAAGCCACCUAAAUUUUAUGGAGAAGGGUUGAAUUGUUUGAAGUAAGUUGUGCUAUUUUAUAUUUUUUUUCCUUCUCUACUGACAUCAUUUCUUACAUUGCUUUAUCUGUAUUCAUCCUACAAACUAGUUUGGAAUGAAGAGCGUUUUUUAAAACUAAAUUGAUCAUUUCUUUCACACUUUAUUGGCAACAGGUUAUGGAGAGCAGUUACUAGACUGGGUGGCUAUGAACAGGUGUGCUCAUUCGGUUAUUCCUGCAGUUCCUGCCGCAUUACAUCUUGUAUACUAGUAUCUUUGAUGUUAUUUUUUUUUUGGGUUCUACCAUCAAAAUUGUUAAUUUUGCAGCCAGAGUUCUUAAAGCAUUCGUUGUAGUGUCUGAGAUAUGAACGAAUUAUUGAUGCCUGUAUGCACGAAAACCUUCAUUCAUCAGCAUACCUAUUGACUGUCGGCCCUUGAGUUUCACCGCCUCUUUUUCCAUUUCCUGCUAGAACAAGGUUGAAAUACCGAAGAUGCCAAACCCCAAAUCUUGUGGAGCUCCUCCUAAGCCCAACUAAUUAAUAAAUAUGUAAUGGAGAGAACUGUAGGUUAUUCGGCCCUUUCUUCAUGGAAUUUGUAGGUAAUUCCUCAGAUUUUAUUCACCAUGGUUAGUUCGCACUAGAGAGGGGACUAUUUCACUUUAGUUCCUUAUGUGGCUGUUUUUUUUUGUAGCGGUUCUUCCAUUUGUAGCCCUACCCUCGUUGACUGUUAUAGAUUCUUUCUUUAAAUGUCCAAGUGAUGUGCAUGGCGUUGUUAUUAAAAUUACAUACUGUAAUUGCUCGCUGUCCCCAUAUCAAUGAUUCACUGAUUACGAUCCAGUUGGUACACAGUGACCUUCAUAGUUGUUUAGUUUUUCGUCUUUUUUCAUUAAUUACGUGUCAUUCUAUGAAAUUAAGUUGUGAUCUUGAAAUAAGAGGCUGCUCUGCAGGGAGAGCAUGUUCUCUCACACCUCAGUGUAUUAAAUAACUAAUAAAGAUUAUAAAUUGGAAGGCCCCAGGAAGAAAGUCAAUCAAUGUUUUUAUUAGGGACUGACGGCAGGGCUGUUAUUUUUAUUCUUUUGCGAGACUUGGUUUUACUUUCAAUGGGGGAGAGGUCUAUGAACUAUAUCUGUUCUCAUUCUUACACACUGUAUCCGUGUCUGUCUGUUCCAAUUCUUAUGUACGGGCUGUGCUGUGCACCAAAAAGGACUUGACUAAUCGGUCGCCAUUUUUUUUUUCUUUGGGCAGUGACUGAAAAUUAUAAUCAAGAUUACUAAGAACUUUCCCAAUUGUAUUCGAACAUUCCCGUGGCCUCACUGCUUGUUUUCUCCCUCAUGAGAGAUAUUUCUUUCUUCAUUUUCCAGUAGCUUUCUGUAAUUUUUGCACAGUCAGGAUAUCAAUGUGUAUGAGUAGUGGUCGAUCUGUGUGUUUGGCUGAUAUUCAUUUGACUUAGAAUGAGUAAAAAUAUUUUUGUGGUCAUCUUGUCCGAAGGAGCAUUUUCACACGUAUUGUAAAUGCAUCCCUCUCGAGUUGCAUGCCUCCCUGCCAUUUCUUAGACUAUAGCGCUGUAACAUGACCAGUAAAAUUUCUUAGCCUUAGGGGUGGGUUGAGGACGUUCUUUUCAUCCAGGACAGGUUUGAAGCCAUGUUUGGAGAUUUUCCUGCUUUUUCAAGCUCUCUCGCGUCUCGUUCUGAUAUCUAGCGAAUGUGCUUCUUAUUCGUGCAUUAAUUUUCAUGAUAUAUCUCUAUAUGCAGGUGACAUCAUGCAAAUUAUGGCGCCAAGUGGGAGAAUCGUUCAAGCCUCCAAAGUAAUUGAUCUUUUAUAUUAAUUAAUCGUCUGAAUAUUGAGAUCAUUAGUUCUUUGCCAUUUAGUGUUAUCAAAAUAAAUGCUAUUUCUUGCAUUCAAUUGAAGUUUCUGUGUCUAAGCAUGAGGUGACAAAAACGUGCUAUAAUAAGAUAUCUUGCUCAUGAGCAAGCAUCUUACUAGUUAUAGAUGGUACGUAAUGCUUCUGUAUUGGCCUUGUGAUGAUACUAUAGGGAAUUAUGGCUUCACGUUUAUCAAUAAUAAAAAAGGGAGCCUUGUAGAAUUGAGUGAUUCGGUAUAUUGCUUUAGUUUUUUCACAUUCUUUUGAAGAUUUUUCAUGACAUUUUGAUGCUUUCUAUAUUUAAAUUUCGACAUUAAAGCCUUGUCACAUCGUGUGCCUAUAUGUCGGUUCUUCAUUACCAUGUAAAAUAGACCUUUUGAUGUCGUCCAUGUAAAGAGAAAUUCCAGAAAAUUUGACAAAUAUCACUUUAUAGUAGGUAAGCUCAGUCACUCACAAACCUUGAAAACCGAGCUGAACCUGUCUAUCUGGUGGCGAAAAAAAUCCGUUGUUUAUCAAAGAGGAUAUAAUUACGAAUAUUUUUCAAUAAAAUGAGCCUAUUCAGGGUCUAGUUGCUGUCAUUGCCGCUGACUUUCUUCUCUGACGGACAGAUCAAAAUGCUGCCACUGUCACAAUUAUGGGCGGUUCUGACAACCAUUGUUGUGAUUGCAUUUGUGCAGAAAAAGUGCUUGGAAUUACGCUUGUGAUUGGGUUAGUAGCACCGAUCUUUAGCGGACUGGUCCUAUACCUGAUCCUGAGCUGGGACACUUAAUGCCUUAAUUGCCACUUUUGGUGAAAUUUUAAUAUCAGAUGCGUUCUGCAACGGUAGAUGAAUGUGUAAUAGUGUGGAAGACACGCAUGUUUUUCUUUUGGGAUGCCAGUCUUUUUAUCAGAGCAUUUCAGACCUGAAUAACUGGUCAUUUAUUUGAAUAAAACACUUGCCAUCAAAUUGGCACUCGGCUGAAAAUACGCAUCUGGCAUGCUGAGAAGCCAAAGGUGAUUGAUACUAUAGGAUUUGCGCUGGUAUUACUGCUUUGUGGCCUGUACAAAAUAUAAUGAAAGCAAGCAAAAGUCACCCUAGCCAUUUUCGGCAUCUUAUUCACUUGGGGUCUAUGAGUCGACCACCUAAAUUACUGUUUUUUUUUUCAUUUAUUUAUUUUUGCUGCUAAUUCAUACACUGCCACUAUGUGCAGGACAUGCACCACUGUGUCAUGGUCGUUUCGAUGCUUCUAUGAGAAGGUAGUAGGACGGAAGCUUCUUCAUGCAUUGGUCGUUUUCAAAAGUCAUUGUAAACACAUUCAUUUGUUCUUCGAUUUGAGCUCUGGAUAAUGCUCUCUGAUAAUUUUUAUUUAUAUGCUGUUUUUUCAUGAAAAUCUGUUGUCAUAUGAUCAACAGCUUUCCUCCUCGUUUAGUUUUUAUUUAGGGUGAAUAGUUUUAGUUGAAUAUACUAAAUCUCCAGUAUAUCAUCAGGCGCUUCUGGAAUACGAGAAACAUAAAAUUCGCAGUGGUGAGCUUCAAGUGCCUAUUUCUUCUCUUGCAGAGCCCAUGGCUGUUGAUAAUCAAGUAAGUAAGCUUUGUUCCUCUUUCUAAGAAUGGCGUGAACUAUUUGUGAAUGCCAUAAAUUCUUCUGACGUGAUCUAGAUUCCUUGCAUAUACAUAAAUUCUCCUUGAUUAGUACUGAACAAUUCAACAACGUAUUUUUCACCAUGAUUAUGACCCACUUUUUUAUUUUCAGUGAUUUUCGUUCGCUUACUCUAAUCUUUUUCUUUAAUUUACUGUGCUCAUCCAAAACCCAUUUGAACUGGUAGUUAAUCGUUAGCCACUUCCUCCAAUUGGCCUAUUAAUUGUUUUUUUUUUUUUCUUUACAUCUGCGUCAUGUUCUUACUCUUAAUUAUUUUAGUUUGACCCCUUGCAUAUUCUCAUUGCCUUCCCAAUGAACGAUGAUGGAGACCUGAAAUGAUUUUCUGAUCCACCCAAAACCACAGCGAAGUCAGCUCUUAGCUAAAAUUUCUCUAAUCUGUACAAACUUCACACAUUUUCUUACCUACUUCCGGAAGAUUAUCAAUGGAACCUGGCUAAAAGAAGGCCCGCCUGCUCUUCUACACUUUUCUCGAAAUGAAAGGGAUCACUUUGUUGAAACAUGCUUAUCCGUCAUUGCUAUGGGAAAUCUUUUGCAGGUGGGCAAUGUUCAGGCGUCAGGGUCGGGCAGGCAGAGGAGGGAUGCUGCUGCCCGGGCGAUGCAGGGCUGGCAUUCUCAGCGGUUUCUUGGCAAUGGGGAGAGUAGCGGCCCCAUCAUCAAGGUUCCCCUGAUCUCUCUAAAUCGGGCAAACCAAAGGGCUGUGAGCCCCUUCCUCUUCACUGAUUUCCUCCCUUUCCCCCACCCCCCCCGGUUGACCUUCUGCAGGACAAGAGCCCAGCUUCUCUCCCAAGGCGCGACAAGCAUCUCAAAAGCAUCGGUAAAUGAGCCUCAUUCAUGCCUUGUUCUUGUUUCUUUCCCCCCUUUAGAAAGGACAAUCUAAGUGGGCCCCACGAGAGAGUUCAGGUGUAUUUAAGCGGAAGAAACCUUCGCAUGUGGAGAGCGCCGUGAAAUCUGCGAGGGUCAAAGUUGCUAAGCCGCAGUGAGAUCCUAACCCCGUCCCUGAUUGUCUUCAUCUUUUCAUCCUUUUUUUUUAUCUUUUUAUUCUCGGACAGGUUGCCCAUCUGAUUAAAAAGUAUAUAUUUUUUUGGGUUUCUGAAUUGUGGGUUUUUUCUUGGUAGAAUGGAUAGCAUGGUCGUCGAUGUUGGGGACCCCGCUGACUGGGUGAAGAUCAAUGUCCGGCGAACUGUAAGUCAACUCUCAUUCUUCAGCCUUUUUCUAUUUAAAGUCAACGCUUAGAUCUGGGUAAUAUUCGAAUAUUAUGGUACUUCUGUUUUGGAUACAGAAAGACUGCUUUGAGAUCUAUGCUCUGGUUCCCGGCCUUCUCCGUGAGGAGGUGAUAAAACCCCGAAGUAUUUCCGUUUUUUCAAUAAUUCAUAUUGGGUCUUAAUCAGGGAAAGACUUUUUUCCCUCAUUUGACUUUUUGCCGAUCUCUCGGGUUCAUCAGGUUCAUGUCCAGUCGGACCCAGCUGGCCGCUUGGUGGUUUCUGGUCAACCCGAGCAGCCAGAUAACCCGUGGGGGGUCACCCCUUUCAAAAAGGUACGAUCUUUGGCCCCGCCCCCCCCUCAAUGCCUCUUUUUUUGAGUUGAUUUGUUCCUCGAAUGCCCGUAUAAUUAGAAAAAACCAUGAACAAACCCUGCAGGUCAUCACCUUGCCCUCUCGGAUUGACCCACACCAGACAUCCGCUGUGGUCACCUUGCAUGGUCAGCUGUUCAUCCGGGCUCCGUUCGAGCAGUAG